CCAAGUAAUUCACAAAAUAACAUGUUAGAAGGUCUAAGCACAACUAGAGCACCAUUCUUUAAUGGAGUAGACUUUCCCUAUUGGAAAAUUAGGAUGGAAACAUAUCUUCAAUCUAUUGAUUAUGAUUUGUGGCAUAUAGUGUCUAAUGGUCCUUACAUUCCUAAACAUGUCAUUAAUGAUAAAGAAGUUAUUAAGACAUAUGAGGCAUAUGACGAAGAAGAUAAGAAAAUGCUUUCUAAGAAUGCUAAAGCUAAAUAUGCACUUAUAUGUGGAUUGGAUAGAGAUGUGUUCAAAAAUAUUGAACAAGCCUCUACCGCUCAUGAUAUGUGGAAAAUGCUUGAAGUCACUCAUCAAGGAACAAAUGCUAUGAAGGAAACUAAAAUUCAAAUUUAUUCUACUCAAUAUGAGAACUUUAAGAUGAAAGCGGAUGAAACUAUUGCUAACAUGUAUACUCGUUUCACUACUAUCACUAAUGGUUUGAAUUCUCUUGGCAAGGUACUUUCACAAAAGGAGAUGGUGACCAAGAUUUUGAGAAGUCUCACCAAAGCCUAUCAAGGCAAAGUAAUUGCCAUUCAAGAAGCCAAGGAUCUCUCAACACUUCCCUUGGAAGAACUAAUUGGCUCACUCAUGAACCAUUUGGAUAGUGGUUGUUCCAAGCAUAUGACCGGUGACCCAUCAAGAUUUUCGAGUUUUAAGAGCAAGGAAAGUGGCUUUGUCACUUUUGGAGACAAUUCAAAAGGAAAAAUCUUGGGCAUUGGUGAUAUCGGUAACAUAUACUCUCCAUGUAUUAAAAAUGUGCUUCUUGUUGAUAACCUUAAACAUAAUUUACUUAGUAUUAGUCAACUAUGUGAUAAAGAUUUUCGUGUUGUUUUUGAAUCCUCAAAAUGCUCCAUUGAAAAUGCUUCAACCAAUGAAGUUAUUUUUGUUGGAGAAAGGAAGGAUAAUGUUUAUGUUAUUGAUGUUGAUUCCUUUGAUAGCAAAAAUAAAUGUUUAACCGUUAUGAAUGAUAAUUCUUGGUUGUGGCAUAGAAGAUUAGGACAUGCUAGUAUGGAUUCUAUUUCAAAGUUGGUUAGAAAAGAUCUUGUUGUUGGUUUGCCAUCUAUUCCUUUUGUUAAAGAUAAACUUUGUGAUGCAUGCCAAUUUGGAAAACAAAUUAAAACAUCUUUUCAUUCCAAGAAAGAGAUUUCAACCUCUAGACCUUUGAAAUUGCUUCAUAUUGAUUUAUUUGGUCCUUCAAGAAUUGCUAGUCUAGGUGGUAAAUACUAUGCAUUUGUGAUUGUUGAUGAUUUUUCUAGAUUUACAUGGGUUAUAUUUUUGAAACUCAAAAAUGAUGUUUUGGAAAAUCUAGUUAAAUUUUGUAAGAGUGUGCAAAAUGAAAAAGGGUAUUCAAUCACCUCCAUUAGGAGUGAUCAUGGUGGAGAGUUUGACAAUGAUGCUUUAGAAUUGUUUUGUGAUGAACAUGGUUUUAACCAUAACUUUUCGGCUCCAAGAACUCCACAACAAAAUGGAGUUGUCGAAAGGAAGAAUAGAACAAUUCAAGAAAUGGCUAGGUCAAUGCUCAAUGAAAUCUCAUUACCUAAAUAUUUUUGGGCCGAGGCCGUUAAUACUUCUUGUUAUAUUUUGAACCGUGUUUUCAUUAGGCCUAACAUGAAUAAAACCCCUUAUGAGCUUUGGAAAGGGAGAAAACCCAACAUUGGAUAUUUUAGAGUUUUUGGAUGUAAAUGCUAUAUUUUGAACACCAAGGACAACCUUGGAAAAUUUGAUGCAAAAUCCGAUGUUGGAAUUUUUAUAGGUUAUUCAACACAUAGUAAAGCUUAUAGAAUUUAUAACAAAAGAACUAAUGUUGUUGAAGAAUCUAUUCAUGUUGCAUUUGAUAGAAAUGAUGUUUGGGAGUUAGUUCCAAGACCGUCACACCAAUCGGUGAUUGGAACAAAAUGGGUCUAUAGAAAUAAAGUAGAUGAGCAUGGGGUCAUUGUGCGUAACAAGGCUAGAUUAGUGGCCCAAGGUUACAAUCAAGAAGAAGGAAUUGAUUAUGAGGAGACCUUUGCCCCGGUAGCAAGACUUGAGUCCAUAAGAAUGUUAUUAGCUUUUGCAUGCCACAAGAAUUUUGUCUUGUAUCAAAUGGAUGUUAAAAGCGCUUUCUUAAAUGGAUACAUUAUGGAAGAGGUUUAUGUCUCUCAACCCCCCGGUUUUCAAGAUCACAAACACCCUAACCAUGUUUAUAAAUUAAAGAAAGCAUUAUAUGGUUUAAAGCAAGCUCCUAGAGCUUGGUAUGAUCGUUUAAGCACUUUUCUUAUCUCAAAUGGUUUUUCAAUGGGAAAAGCGGAUAAUACACUUUUUAUUAAAAGAAAAUCAAAAGACAUUAUUAUAGUACAAAUAUAUGUUGAUGAUAUUAUUUUUGGUGCUACUAAUGAUGUUCUUUGUGAAGAAUUUUCAAAGUGUAUGCAUAGUGAAUUCGAGAUGAGCAUGAUGGGAGAGCUCAACUUUUUCCUUGGACUUCAAAUAAAGCAACAAAAGAAUGGAAUCUUCAUAAGUCAAUCCAAGUAUAUCAAGGAUCUACUUCAAAAGUUUGACUUGGCCAAUGCAAAGUCCAUGAAAACCCCUAUGAGCACCUCCAUAAAGAUGGACAAGGAUGAAAGUGGUAAGGAUGUUGACAUCACCAAGUAUCGAGGUAUGAUUGGCUCAUUAUUAUAUUUAACCGCUAGUAGACCCGAUAUUUUGUUUAGUGUUGGUCUAUGUGCUAGGUACCAAUCAUGUCCCAAGGAAUCCCACUUAAGUGCUGUUAAGAGAAUCUUUAGAUACUUGAUAGGCACAAUGAAUCUAGGGCUUUGGUAUCCCAAGAACUCAAACUUUGAAAUCAUUAGUUACUCGGAUGCGGACUUUUCCGGUUGUAAGUCGGAUAGGAAAAGUACUAGUGGAACAUGUCACUUUCUAGGAAACUCUUUAGUGUCAUGGUUUAGCAAGAAACAAAACUCGGUAGCCCUAUCCACAACCGAAGCCGAAUACAUAGCCGCCGGUAGUUGUUGUGCUCAAAUACUUUGGAUGAAACAAACUCUUAAAGAUUUUGAUGUUGAUUUUGAAUGUACACCCAUAAAGUGUGACAAUACUAGUGCCAUUAACCUCUCUAAGAAUCCAAUCUUGCAUUCUAGAGCCAAGCAUAUUGAUAUAAGGCACCACUUCCUUAGAGAUCAUAUCCAAAGAGGUGACAUUAUGCUAGAUUUUGUGAGCACCAAUUUCCAACUAGCGGAUAUUUUCACCAAGCCUCUUAGUGAUGAGAGAUUUAGUUUUAUUAGAAGAGAGCUAGGAAUGACCAACAUAAAUGAAAUUUAA